AUGAGAUUCACCGACAUCUCCCUCGCCGUGCUCGCAGCGCAGCCGGCGGCCGCAGGACCCGUACAAUGGGCCAAGCGGCAAUUCGGCGGCUUCCCCGGCGGCGGCGGCGGCGGCGCGGUCAGCGGCGACAUCACGGUGAACCUGGGCCAGACGUUUCAAAGAUGGACGGGGGCGGGGUUCUCGAUCCUGCGUAACGGCAUCGGCAGCUCGUUGUCGUCGGACAGCGACUGGAUGAACACGUUUGCGCCGGAUAACCCGGGCAGCCCGACGGCGGAGCCGACGUAUAAGUGGGACGGCAAGGAUAGCGGGCAGCUGUGGGUGGCGAAGACGGCGCAGGAAAAGUAUGGGCUCAAGUAUGUGUACGGGAAUGCGUGGAGCCCGCCGUUUUAUAUGAAGAGCAACAACAACGAGAACAACGGUGGAAACCUCAAGACGGAAUGGUACCAGGCGUACGCCAACUACCUGGUGCAAUACGUCAAGUUUUACGCGCAGGAGGGUGUCAACAUUACCCAUCUCGGCCCCAUGAACGAGCCCGACUUUUCUGCCUCGUACGCCUCCGCCCUCUGGGACGGCAACUCGGCGGCCAACUUCAUCAAGGUGCUGCAGCCGACCAUCGAAAGGAAGGCCUAG